AUAUGGCCGGGUGUCUCUGCUUUCAGCCAAGUGAGCACAACUUACUAACAAAGGAUUGUCCCUUAAAAACAGAAUCCUACUACAUAUCCAUAAAUUCUUUUACAUAUUCAUACAUUUUUCUUAGGAUUUUUGGUGUUCUUCUGUUUAGUUUUCUCUUUCCCCCUUUCCAAUAGAUCAAUCUUCUUGGCGCCAUCGAGAUUUACAUUCCCUGAUAACAGAAAUGCAGUAGAUUCCUCCCCCAGAACUCUGGUCAGGCGGUCUUCAUCUGGAUAAGAUAGUUUACGAACGCAGGGGGUCUCUAGCUAUCUUUUUCAGUCUUUGAGUUAUACAAACUAAAGUAGUUUUUCUUUUAAUAGUAUGCCAUAGCUUAACAUAUAUGUAUUAUAACACUAUUUAUAAGUUUCAUCAAUAACAGAAAUAAACUAUAUUAAUACAGCUAAAUUUUCUAAUCUUAUACAUAUAAUACUCAUUAUAAUAUUUGCGAAAAGCCAAAACUAUGAUAUGCAUUUAUAACAUCUCUGCCCGUGUCUCUGUAAAGCCCCGUGCCCGAAUCCCCGGGGAGUGCGGGCACCUCGCUGCGGGCGGCUAUGGAGGCUCUGGGUGGUCUUGCCCUGGCCUCGGGGGCCAGUGGGUGCCUGUGAGCCCUGAACUGAGCACAGGCAGGAGGGGGAUGGAGUAGGGAAGACCCUUUGAUAAGGACUAAGAAGUGAAAUGUCCCCAAGGUCCUUCCCUGAGACCUUCGAGUUCAGCUCCGGGGGGUCUCCCCCAGUGGAGAUUCUGGGGUGGGAUGAGAUGGAUUGUAUUCUUAUUUCAUUCUGCUGUAGAAAAAACCUCUUGCCGUGCCUUGCCUUUCAUUUCUUUCCUUCCCCUUCCUCCUAUCCCCUUCCCCUUCUUCUCCCCCCUUGCCGUCCCCCGCGGGCCGGGCCGGGCCGGGCGGGGCCAGGCGGAGUCUUUUUCUCCCGGCGGGAUCUGCCGCUGCUGGAGCUUCCCGCAGCCGCUGGAGCAGGAGCCGGGUUCCGAGUGGGUGCCGCAGCCUGGCAGCGCCGCGGGUAAGGGGAUGCGGGCAGGAUGGACCUCCCUCACCUCACGAGUCCUACCGACCUCCCCAAGCACAUCCUGGAUAUCUGGGUCAUCGUCUUGAUCAUCCUGGCCACCAUCCUCAUCAUGACAGCGCUCGUGCUGUGCCCAGCCACUGCCGUCAUCAUUUACCGAGUACGAACGCACCCCACGCGCAACGGCGUCGUGUGAGGCACGGGCAGUGGGGGACGCUGGGCUGGGGACUGCAUGGGACCCUGUGCCAGGGACCUUGACAGGGCACCCUGAGAGCUGGAGCCUGAGCAGGAGCUGGCAUGGGCCAGCACCUGAACGUGCUCCUGUACCUGGCUCUCACUGGGUACCCCCUGCUCAUUUUGCCCACUGAGCUCACGGGGACCGUGGGGGAAAUGACAACACGGGCAGCAUGGGGAGAGCUGUGACUUUGCAGACGUGUCCAGCUGGAAAUAUCUCACUCCCAUGACGGAGGCAGGCUGGUGUUGCUUUCACAGUCUGCUCCCAGGCAAGCAAUAAGGAGUGGAAAUGCCUGACAAAGUUAUUUCUUCUUUGGAGUCCCAGCUGUCAAGGUGGUUGGGGAAAAAAGAGUCAAGAUGGAUGUGGCUUCUGGCUGUGCAUUUAGCACUUGGCUAAAAGCAUCGAUGACAGAGCUUGUGCUGGCUGCACAGCAGACGUGCAGCUGGCACUGGCUUAUCUAUCCAUUAUCUGCUGAAAUGAUAGGAAAAUCCUGCAGGGCUCUUGGUUCCUCUGUGUCUUGUGGGGCAGAGGAGUAUGUGGUUCCUGCCUGUCUGCACACUGACUGCACUCCCCACUUCUGAUAGUGAGAGCUCCCACUGUUUGCCCAGCACACCAGCCCUGCUGGGGAGUCUGUGCACGCCUCACCUGGGCAGGUAAAGCGGGAGGAGCAGGUUUGUGCCCAGCCACUGGCAAGGGAUCAUGUAAGCUCUUGUACUGCCCUUUGUUAUGAAAUAAAUGGACUUUAUCCUUCA